CAUCAAUAAUGUCAAUUCUCCCUGGUCCGUUGUUGAAAUCGUAAGCAGGCAGCUGACGUAGUAGCGAGGCAGGCAUGUCCAUUAUCGAUCAGGCACGUCCAUUGUCCGAAGCAGGUAGGUCUAUGUAAGCACCUGACAUAGUAGAGAGAAGGUCGUCUAUUAUCAAUCAGGCACGUCCAUUAUAAUGCAGGCAGAUCUAAGCAAACGCCUGACAUGGCAGAGAGAAAUGUCGUCCAUUACCAAAGCAGGCACUUCCAUUAUCCGAAGCAGACAGGUUUACGUAAGCACCUGCCAUAGCAGAGAGGUGCAUGGAGUGGGCACGUGCAUUGUGAAGCAGACGGCUCUCACAAAGCGAAUCGCCGCCGCAGCUUUCGCCUCUCGCAAUAGAAGAGCUAACAAGGAACCCGAUCCCGCUUGCCUCGUAGUAACGGGGACGAUUCAUCUUCCUCCCCGGGAACAAGCUGCUCUCGUAGUAGCGGGGACGAUGCCUCUUCGUCUUCUUCCUCGCAAGCAAGCUGGUGUCGUAGUAGCGGGGCUGAUUUUGCUCUAUCUCCCUCGUCCAUAAUGCCGCUUUGCCAAGUGGCUUUCGGAGAAGUUACUGCCGCGAGGGUUUUUCCAUUGGGGUGAGCCCGAGUGGGGUAGAAUAAAAGUCUAGGGUUUUA